CAGAAGUAUGUUUAAAAUUUGGAAUAUAGUGGUUUUUAACUUAUUUGUACGUCUAUUAUGUUUUAAAGUAUUAAGAGAAAUUCAACAUUUCGUCUGUGUUUAGUAGUAUUAAGAUAUAUGGCGUUUUCGACCCCUAGUUCUGCCAGGAAACGAGUGAUUUCUUCAGCAAUCUUCGAUAAAACUCCAAAAUCCAGCUAUGCUACACCAAAGAAUAAAAAGGUGGAAACUGUACCCACUACCCCAGAAUGUUUUAAUAAUGUUCAAGUCGAAACCCCCGUGAUCAAAAGGACUAGUAAAGAUAAGUUUGAUGAAGUCAGCAAUUUAACUGUAGCUGUAAGGAUAAGGCCUAUGAAUGCGAGAGAACUAGUUAUUGUAGGUGCAACAGACGUAGUUCUAGUUCGAGACAAAGAAUUAAUCAUCAGGGCUCAGAGUAACACUAGUGGUAUGAGUAUUGAUCAUCAAUUUCAAUAUGAUCACAUUUUUUGGUCCUGUGAUGAAUCCAAUGACUCAUAUGCCUCUCAAGAAGAUGUAUUUAGAACAUUAGGAAGGCCUCUACUAAACAGUGCUUUUAAAGGAUAUAAUGGGUGUCUGUUUGCUUAUGGUCAAACUGGUUCAGGUAAAAGUUUCAGCAUGAUGGGCAAAAAUAUGUGUGAAGCUUCUGACAUGGAUUGUCAUGUGUUUUCUGGCAUUACACCAAGGUUCUGUAAAGAUAUUUUUAACAGAAUUGCUCAACUAGACAAAAACUCAAUAUGUACAGUAGAAGUUAGUUAUUUUGAAAUAUACAAUGAAAAGAUCCACGAUUUGCUUGCCUGUUCAUCUACAUCAACUAAACAACCUCUAAAAGUCAGAGAACAUCCAGAAUUGGGACCAUAUGUAGUUGAUUUAAGUGUGCAAGUUGUAAAAUCCUACAAGGAAUUGAGGCAUUGGCUUUUAGUAGGCAACCGUAAUAGAGCUACGGCAGCUACAACAAUGAAUGAAAAAUCUUCCAGAUCACACAGUAUUUUUUCCAUUGAACUUUGUUUAUCUGAUGAUAAAAAUGGAGAGAGUGCCAGUCGAAAAAGUAGAAUAAGCUUAGUUGAUUUAGCUGGAAGUGAACGAUUGGGAAAUUCACAUGGUGCUGAAGGAAGAAUUAGAGAAGGCGUAUGCAUUAACAAAUCUUUAUUGACAUUAGGAAAGGUUAUUUCUGCUUUAGCUGACCAAAAGAAAAAUCAAUUUGUACCAUAUAGGGAAUCAGUUUUAACAUGGUUACUCAAGGAGAGUCUUGGAGGCAAUUCAUUAACCACUAUGUUAGCAACGAUAAGUCCCUCCAGUACACAUCUAGAUGAAACCCUAGCCACGCUCAGAUAUGCUUGCCAAGCUAGAUCAAUAGUAAACAGAGCUAGAGUUAACGAGAAUCCACAUGAUCGUCUAAUACGAGAACUUCGUUCAGAAGUUGAGAGAUUGCGAGCCUUGCGUCAAGACUUUGAGCGCAGUUCAUUAUCUUCCUCUUCUCUUACUUCUUGUAAUGAUGCCCAUGAUGAAGAGCUAGAAGGACUUAGAAAGAAACUAAGUGAUUCAGAAAAACAGUUAGAUGAUGCUCAAAAGAACUGGGAGAAGAGGUUUUUGGAAACCAAAGAAACGCAGCUAAAGGAAUUAGCUGAGGCCGAAAAGUACAAAGCUGAGCUUGAGUCGAAGGUUCGAGUUAUGAAAAGAAUUGAUGAUAAUGUAAAAUUGUCGCCAUAUAGGACCAACUUUCUUGAAGAAUUGGAAUGUGUGCUGACUGAUGAAACGGAUGUAGUAGUAGAUAAUAUCAUGUUGGAUGUUUUAACUGACUGGUGUUGUAGGAAUGGAUUGACUUGUACUUUUUCAUCAGAUACUUUGAUAAUAAAGGAUCCUGUGAAGAAUAGGCAUACACAUAUAUUAAUAAACGCAAUAGAUAUGAACGGACAUGAAAACGUUAGUGACUUUGUAGAUAGUCUGACAUGGACAAACACUAAGAAUUCCACCAAAAAGAUUAGUAAGAAUGAGGUAAUGUCAUCCAUGAAUCAGAUUUAUCAAGCUUUAGCAACCUUGCAGCCUCCAGAAAGCGAAAAUAAUUUGUGCCUGUUGUUUGCCAAAGUUAACAAGACCUUACAAAGUUUUGAAGCUGCGUUAUUGAAUAACGCCAAGAGUAAUGCAGGGCAAAAAGUUGUAACCUUCGAUAGAGAUAUUUGAAGGUUAAAUUUGAUAUAUUUACGAACUAGCGAUAUUAUUUAUGUUUUAUAUUUUUAAUGUUUGUAACAAAAAGUAUUUUGUAAAUCGUAUACAAUAAAGUGUAUAUUUUUGGUUAGAAAAACA